AUGGCUGAGCGUCUCAGCCCUCGAAGCUCCGAGGUCAAUGCCUUGGAACAAAGAGGCUACCUGAUUGGGAAAAAAAUAGGACAAGGCUCAUACGCCACUGUUCACCUAGCAGAAUACUGCGAUGCCUCCAGCCCCAAACGAAUGCACUUAGCGUGCAAAAUAUUCGACAAGGAGAAAGCACCCCGAGAUUUUUUGGAGAAGUUUUUCCCUCGUGAACUUGAUAUAUUGACGAAAAUAGAAAACCCACACAUUAUUCAGGUACACAGUAUUCUACAAAGAGGACCACGAGUCUUCAUAUUCAUGAGAUACGCCGAUAACGGAGAUUUACUUGACUUUAUAAAACGCAAUGGCGUCGUCCCGGAAAAUCAGGCGAAGCUUUGGUUCAGACAGAUGGCUAGCGGGCUUCAAUACCUUCACAGUAAAAAUAUAGCGCACCGCGAUCUGAAGUGUGAGAAUAUUCUGCUGUCCCGCCGAUUCAAUGUCAAGUUAGCAGAUUUUGGAUUUGCACGAUUCUGUACCGACGGAGAGAAUAGACGCGUGCUUAGCCAAACGUAUUGUGGGUCGGCAGCGUAUGCCGCCCCGGAAGUGGUCAGUGGUACGCCUUAUAAUCCCAAGCUGGCUGAUGUCUGGUCUCUCGGCAUUAUUUUGUUCAUCAUGUUAAACGCUUCGAUGCCUUUUGAUGAUUCUAACCUUCGCAAGUUGCUGAAAGAUCAAAUGUCACGUAAUUGGGUUUUUCGAUCUAGAAUUAGGGACUCCGUGUCUGCUGCGGCGAAGUCGAUUGUAAGACAUAUUCUAGAACCUGACAUUACUCUACGCUUGACUUUGGAUCGCGUGUUGUCGCACGAAUGGACUCGACCGCGUAAGGACAAGAGCGCUAGCUUGAUGGGACGCCUGGUUCAGUCUGCGCCGUCUGCUCCUCAUUCACCAGGAAAGCACGAUGAGGCAGGUACUUCUGCAGGUGUACGGGUCUCCGGUGACCACCGCGAGACGGAGCGCGAGAGACACGACGACAUAAACGUCCGCAACCACGCAUAA